UUCAAUCAAUUUGGUGUUACCAUAUUAAAACCCUAAAAAUUCCUUCUCUUCUUCCACUUUCUCUAGUUGAAUAUUCUUCCCACCAUUGCUGAGCUUGCACAUUCUCUGUUUUGACUGUGCGUUGUUAUUGUUGCGUCUUCUGGUCUGUUUUAGAUAGAUGCUUCCUUCUGUCGGCCUACCAUAAAGUAAUGGCGAGUUCAUCUUCUCAUUUUCAUCAAAUGAUGUGGGAUGCUUAGUCUUCUUCUUCGCCCUCACAUUGUCUGCCAAAAUGAGUUUCACUCUAGUAACUGCACCUCAUUUACUUUCACUUCUCUUUUGCGUUGGCGGCCUACUCCUCGUCGCUGCUUCAGAAGAUGAGAUGCGAUCUCUUUUCGAGUUCAAGAAAGGUAUACAACAAGAUCCGCUCAGUAAGGUGUGGAAUUCCUGGACUCCAUCUUCUACAGAUCCCAACUCCUGUCCUGACUCCUUCUACGGUGUUUCCUGCGACGAUAACGGAAAUGUCACCGCCAUUGAGCUCGAUAGGCUUGGUUUAGUUGGUGAUUUGAAGUUCGCCACCCUUAUCAAUCUAAAAAAGCUCACAACUCUCAGCCUCUCUGGAAAUUCUCUCUCUGGACGUCUGGUACCUGCAUUAGGUUUGAUUACUUCUUUGCAGCAUUUGGAUCUGUCAGACAAUCAGUUUUACGGUCCUAUCCCAGAUCGGAUCAAUGGUCUAUUGGGGUUGAUUUAUCUCAAUUUGUCGUCAAACAACUUUACUGGUGGAUUUCCCAAUCAAAUCCACGAUCUACAGCAACUGAAGGUCUUAGAUUUACACUCAAAUGAGUUAUGGGGAGACAUCCAGGGAUUAUUCUCUCAACUUGGGAAUGUCGAGCAUGUUGACUUGAGCCAUAACAAGUUCUAUGGGUCUCUUUCGAUGAACUGGGGCAACAUUUCAAACUUGCCAAAUACUCUGCGCCAUUUGAAUUUGAGUCAUAAUGGAUUGGCUGGUGAGUUUUUCGGCAGCAGCAGCAGCGAAUCCGUUCCAAUGUUCUGGAACUUGGAAGUGUUAGACUUGAGUUAUAACCAGUUGACUGGGUUUCUACAAGCAUUUAGGUCACUACCAAGGCUUCGCAUUUUAAGACUAGGGGGCAAUCAACUAUUUGGUUCAAUCGCGGAAGAGUUGCUUGAAAAUUUUAUUCCAUUGGAAGAACUAGACCUCAGUAGCAAUGGGUUUUCAGGUUCUAUAAGUCUCAUUAAUUCAACGACAUUGAGGGCCUUGAAUCUUUCAUCAAAUUCACUAUCUGGCUCUUUGCCUUCUUCUGUGGGUGGAGCUGUUGUUGUUCUGGAUCUCAGCUAUAACAUGUUCACAGAUGAUAUCUCCGUCAUGAAAACAUGGGAAUCCUCUUUGGAUAUUCUUGACUUGAGUUCAAAUAAGUUGUCUGGAGCCAUUCCAAGUGUGUCAUCCUCAUUCCAAACCUUUACCACCCUCAUUCUUAGAAAUAACUCUUUAGUAGGUAACAUUCCACAUGUACUAUGGUCCUCACCAAGGCUGUCUACACUAGAUCUGAGCUUGAAUAAACUCGGUGGACCUAUUCCUCCCGGUUUAUUGACUUCUGCAACCAUGACAAAUCUGAACCUCUCUGGGAAUCAUUUUACAGGAACUAUUCCCUUUCAAGGCUCACAUGCUAGCGGCUUAUUAUCUCUACCUUCAUAUCCACCAUUAGAGUCCCUUGAUCUUUCUGAUAACUCCUUAACGGGUAUCUUACCUUCAGAUGUUGGAGACUUGGGCCGGCUUAACUUGCUUAAUCUUGCAAUGAACAGUUUAUCAGGACAAAUACCUGGUGAAUUGAGUAAGCUUGUUGAGUUAGAUUACCUCGAUUUGUCUGCAAACAGUUUCAGUGGUGCAAUCCCUAGUAACCUUCCGUCAAGUUUGAAGUUCUUAAAUUUGUCUUACAAUGCUCUUUCUGGAUCUAUUCCUAAAAGUUUAAGGAAUUUCUCUGUUAGUUCAUUUCGUCCAGGAAAUGAUCAGUUGAUCGGGUUGGAUUACAAACCAAACCAGAACAAUAUCCCUGGAAAAACUCAUAAUUCGAGCAACAAAAGAAUAGCUAUAAUUGUUGCCUCGAUUGGUGGCACUUUGCUGAUUGCCUUUGCUCUACUUGCUUAUUAUCGAGCUCAAGUGAAGGAUUUCCAUGUAAGAGGUGGAUUUGGUGGCCAAGCUGCUAAUAGCAACACUAUAUUAGGAGGUUUCUCGAACGAUAAUUUACUAACUUCUAAAUCAAGAUCAUUACCGUCAGGUCCUUCGCCUGAGGGAGGAGUAGCUACUACUUCAUCCGCAGCUGCGAUCCCCAGUAUCAUAGAAAGUCGGUCUGUUGUUCCAGGAAGAAAGUCCUCUUCAGGUUCUUCCCCAGUAUCUUCAUCACCACGUUUUAUUGAACAAUCUGUGAGGCUAGAUGUUGAUUCACCAGAUCGGUUGGUUGGGGAACUCUUCUUUUUGGACACUUGGUUGGCAUUCACUGCCGAGGAGUUAUCACGUGCUCCAGCAGAAGUUUUGGGUAGGAGCAGUCACGGCACUUUAUACAAAGCCACUCUAGAUAGUGGGCAUAUGCUGAGUGUGAAGUGGUUGAGGGUUGGAUUGGUGAAACAGAAGAAAGAAUUUGCCAAGGAAGUUAAAAAGCUUGGUUCAAUGAGACAUCCAAAUAUAGUUCCACUAAGGGCGUAUUAUUGGGGUCCAAGAGAACAAGAAAGGCUUAUUCUAGCUGAUUACAUCCACGGAGAUAACUUGGCACUACAUCUUUAUGAGACUACACCUAGAAGAUACUCGGCUUUGUCUUUGAUUCAGAGAUUGAAAGUAGCUGUUGAUGUUGCUACAUGCCUAAGCUAUCUUCAUGUCAGAGGGCUUCCUCAUGGAAAUUUGAAGCCAACAAACAUAAUAAUAAUAAUGGAAUCUGGUUCAAAUAAUUUAGAUGCUAGGCUUACGGAUUACGGGCUUCACAAGCUAAUGACACCGGCAGGCAUCUCGGAACAGAUAUUAAACCUAGGAGCGCUAGGUUAUCGUGCUCCCGAGCUAGUUAGUGCUGCGACAUUGAAGGGAGAUGUUUAUUCAUUUGGAGUUAUUUUAAUGGAGUUGUUGACGAGAAGGAGCGCCGGGGACAUCAUCUCCGGUCAGUCUGGUGCUGUUGAUCUGACGGAUUGGGUUCGUCUUUGUGAUCAAGAAGGGCGUGGAAUUGAUUGCAUUGAUAGGGAUAUUGCUGGCGGCGGUGGUGGUGGAGUGGUGGAUGAAAUGCUGGCGAUAUCGCUGCGAUGUAUUCUUCCUGUAAAUCAAAGACCUAAUAUGAAACAAGUCUGUGAGGGUCUCUCUUCGAUUGUUACUGUUUGAUGAUGAUCUGAUGAUAUCUGCUGCUGCUGCUGUUGGUGUAAAUGUUGAUACUUGUUCUAUUGGUGGUGUUCCAAUUAGCCUUCAUUUUUUUAAUCUUAUCUGGGCUAAUCCUCUCAUUCUUUUUUUGUCUUUUUGUAAAGUGACAGACAGAAUCAACCCAUUUGGUUGAUCGAUCGAUUGAUAUUGGCUAUUUAUUAUUUGUGUACCAAGUAGAAAAACUUGCAAAAGUUAGUUUUCAUU